AUGAGAUUGAUUAGUAGAUUGAUUUAUUUGGUUUGUUACGACCUGAGACCUGAAUAUUAUGAUUUGCUCUCCCACUUGGCCAUGAAUAUCAUAUUUGCUCUCCCACUAAUCUAUUGCCUUAGACAAAUAUUGGAGAUUGUGCUUCACGACAGAGAUUUUGUGAAGCGGAUCAUUGCUCUCAGAGGUGGAGAUCGUGAUUUGGAGUUAGAGGUGGAGAUGGGAACGGCACUUGCCACGGCUAGUCUCUCGGGUAACUAA